GGGAGUUAUUUUAAUACUAAACGAAAAUUAUUUUAGGACCAGUCGGUGCCUGAUGGAGGUACCACAUACUCUUUAAUAAAAUAUAAUUCGGAUAUAUCUCCAUGGUUUUAAUUUAACAGUAAAAGUGAAACCAAACGACACGAUUUAAGUGAUCCUCCAAAAAAAUUGAAUUAUGGCGGAAGCCGAAGGAGGCUCCGAGCAGGAUGAUGUUUCAUUCUUGCGCACGGAAGACAUGGUAUGUCUUUCGUGCACAGCCACAGGAGAAAGAGUAUGUUUAGCUGCUGAAGGAUUUGGUAAUCGGCACUGUUUCCUUGAAAAUAUAGCAGAUAAAAAUAUUCCACCGGAUCUAUCUCAAUGCGUUUUUGUGAUAGAGCAGGCCUUGUCAGUGCGAGCCUUGCAGGAGCUGGUUACGGCGGCCGGAAGCGCGACGGGUAAAGGUACUGGUUCCGGCCACAGAACACUUCUCUAUGGCAAUGCUAUACUUCUUCGACAUCAAAACAGUGACAUGUAUUUAGCAUGUCUUUCAACAAGUUCAUCUAAUGAUAAAUUAUCAUUCGAUGUUGGUUUGCAAGAACAUUCCAAAGGUGAAGCUUGUUGGUGGACCGUUCAUCCAGCGAGCAAACAAAGAUCUGAAGGUGAAAAAGUACGUGUUGGUGAUGACUUAAUUUUGGUAUCUGUUGCUACUGAACGUUACUUGCACACAACAAAAGAAAACGAUCUUUCAGUUGUCAACGCCAGUUUCCAUGUUACCCACUGGUCAGUCCAGCCUUAUGGAACCGGUAUCAGUAAAAUGAAAUAUGUUGGAUAUGUUUUCGGAGGAGAUGUCCUUAGAUUCUUCCAUGGUGGUGACGAGUGCCUGACCAUACCGUCAACAUGGAGCGAAACCUUGGGCCAAAACAUUGUGGUCUACGAAGGUGGUUCUGUGAUGAGUCAGGCCAGAAGUUUGUGGCGGUUGGAAUUGGCCCGAACAAAAUGGGCUGGUGGUUUCAUAAAUUGGUACCAUCCUAUGAGAAUCAGACAUAUCACUACUGGUAGAUAUCUAGGAGUUAAUGAAAACAAUGAACUGUAUUUAGUCAGAAGAGAAGAGGCUACCACUGCAUCGACGGCGUUUUGUUUACGUCAAGAAAAAGAUGACCAAAAGGUUGUUCUUGAAGACAAAGAUCUUGAAGUAAUAGGAUCUCCUAUUAUAAAAUAUGGUGAUUCUACAGUAAUUAUGCAACAUUCUGAAAGCGGUUUGUGGUUGUCUUACAAGAGUUAUGAAACCAAAAAGAAAGGUGUUGGAAAGGUUGAAGAAAAACAAGCAAUCUUACACGAAGAAGGUAAAAUGGACGAUGGCCUAGAUUUCUCGAGAUCUCAGGAGGAGGAAUCCAGGACAGCGAGAGUUAUCAGAAAAUGUUCCAGUUUGUUCACAAAAUUCAUAAAUGGCUUGGAAACAUUACAAACAAAUCGAAGGCAUUCUUUGUUUUUUGCCUCUGUCAAUCUUAGUGAAAUGGUUAUGUGUCUUGAAGAUUUGAUCAAUUAUUUUGCCCAACCUGAUGAAGAAAUGGAGCAUGAAGAAAAACAAAACAGAUUCCGAGCUCUGAGAAACAGACAAGACUUGUUCCAGGAAGAAGGAAUAUUAAAUUUAAUUUUAGAAGCUAUUGAUAAAAUAAAUGUUAUAACAUCACAAGGAUUUUUGGCAGGAUUUUUAGCCGGCGACGAUGCUGGCCAAUCUUGGGAAAUGAUUUCUGGAUAUUUGUACCAACUGUUGGCCGCAAUUAUAAAAGGAAACCACACAAAUUGUGCUCAAUUUGCCAACUCAAAUCGUCUAAAUUGGUUAUUUUCACGUUUGGGGUCUCAGGCGUCAUCUGAGGGCACUGGAAUGUUGGAUGUAUUGCAUUGUGUCCUUAUUGAUUCUCCAGAAGCUUUGAAUAUGAUGAGGGACGAGCACAUCAAGGUAAUAAUUUCGCUUUUGGAGAAACACGGUCGCGACCCUAAGGUCUUGGAUGUAUUAUGUUCCUUAUGUGUGGGUAACGGAGUUGCAGUACGUUCUUCACAAAACAACAUUUGCGACUUUCUUCUACCUGGAAAAAACCUGUUACUUCAGACCCAAUUAGUUGAUCAUGUAGCCAGUAUUCGACCAAACAUUUUUGUUGGAAAAGUUGAAGGUUCAGCAGUAUACCAGAAAUGGUAUUUUGAAGUUACAAUGGACCAUUUGGAACAAACAACCCAUAUGAUGCCACAUUUGCGAAUUGGAUGGGCAAACACCACUGGUUACGUCCCUUAUCCUGGAGGUGGUGAAAAAUGGGGAGGAAAUGGCGUAGGUGAUGAUUUGUACUCCUUUGGUUUCGAUGGUGCAUAUUUGUGGACUGGUGGAAGAAAAUCUUUGGUUCUUCCCGGAGCCGAAGAACCAUAUAUCAGAAAAGGUGACGUGGUGGGAUGCGCUUUAGAUUUAAGCAUUCCCUUGAUUACUUUUACCAUGAACGGUAUGAGGAUUCAUGGAAGCUUCACCGAUUUUAAUUUGGACGGCAUGUUCCAUCCAGUUAUGAGCUGUUCUUCUAAAUUAAGUUGUCGUUUUCUUCUCGGUGGUGACCACGGUCGUCUUAAAUACGCGCCACCUGAAGGUUUCUCUCCACUGGUAGAAUGUCUACAACCACAACAAAUUUUGAGUUUAGAUCCAUGCUUUUAUUUCGGAAAUCUCAACAAAAGCGUUUUGGCAGGACCUUGGUUGGUUGAAGAUGACACUGCGUUUGUUCCCAAGCCAGUGGACACUACAUCGGUUACUAUGCCCAGUUACGUAGAAACAAUUCGUGAUAAAUUGGCAGAGAAUAUCCAUGAAAUGUGGGCUUUGAAUAAGGUAGAAUCGGGCUGGUGCUGGGGUGAACGAAGGGAUGAUGUCCACAAAAUUCAUCCAUGUUUGACUCAAUUUGACAAUUUGCCUGCUGCUGAGAAAAAAUAUGAUUCACAAUUAGCAAUUCAAACACUCAAAACUAUCAUUGCUUUGGGCUAUUACAUAUCUAUGGACAAACCACCAGCAAGAAUCCGUCAAAUACGUUUGCCGAACGAACCUUUUCUUCAAGCUAAUGGAUAUAAGCCAGCACCACUAGAUUUGAGCGCUGUUACACUGACACCAAAAAUGGAUGAAUUAGUAGAUCAGCUUGCAGAAAACACUCAUAACUUGUGGGCUAAAGAAAGGAUUCAACAAGGAUGGACUUAUGGCUUAAAUGAGGAUUCAGACAAUUUAAGAAGUCCUCAUUUGGUUCCUUACGCAAAAGUUGAUGAAGCCAUCAAGAAGGCUAAUAGGGAUACUGCUUCGGAAACUGUAAGGACAUUAUUAGUGUAUGGUUAUAAUUUGGAGCCACCUCAAGGAGAAGCCAAUGAAGCUUUAUUAGCAGAAGCACAUCGUUUGCGCCAUUCAGGAUUCAGAACCUACCGUGUUGAAAAAACUUAUGCAGUCACCAGCGGAAAAUGGUAUUUUGAGUUUGAAAUUCUAACUGCUGGUCCUAUGAGAGUGGGCUGGGCAAGAUCGGAUUGUCCACCAGGACAAAUGCUUGGUCAGGACGAAUAUACCUGGGCAUUCGAUGGUUAUAAUGAGGAAAAAGUAUUUUCUGGCAAUGCCGAAUCUUUUGGAAAGCAGUGGGCUGUGGGUGAUGUAGUCGGUGUAUUCUUGGAUUUAAUCGAUCAUACUAUAAGUUUCUCUUUAAAUGGAGAAUUAUUAAUGGAUGCUUUGGGUGGUGAGACCUCAUUUGCAGAUGUCCAAGGAGAGGGUUUUGUACCAGCUUGUACUUUAAGUGUUGGCCAAAAAGCCAGAUUAUGUUAUGGCCAAGAUGUAGACCAGCUUAAAUUCUUUACCACUUGUGGGCUGCAGGAAGGUUAUGAACCAUUCUGCGUGAAUAUGAAACGUGCAGUCACAUAUUGGUACACGAAGGACCAACCCAUAUUCGAAAAUACUGAUGAUAUAUCUGACACCAAAAUCGAUGUAACUCGUAUACCAGCUGGAUCAGACACACCACCUUGUUUGAAGAUUUCACACAACACUUUUGAAACUAUGGAGAAAGCUAAUUGGGAGUUUUUGAGGCUAUCUUUGCCUGUAACUUGCCAAUCCGCAUUCAUACCUGAGAGUGAGAAAAUUAGGAGAUGGCAAGAAAUCCGUAUCAGACAACAUAGAUUAAUGGCAGAAGUCGAUAGCAAUACCACGCCUGCUCAUCUGGAACAGAUCAUGAAGAGUGGUUUUACCAUGAAUGACAUCAAAGGUAUUUCUCGUAACUAUGAAGAGGAAGGCGUCGAGUCUGAUGAGAUGAUGAGAACAAGUCCAGCUCGGCCUCCAAGAAAAGGUUCACUUUCUAGACCAGGACCUGCAUAUGAUCCUCAAGGAGGUCUAAACGUUAAUGGCAAAAUGAAACGAUCAACUAGUGAACUUGAAAUGAAUGCAGAUGAUAAAAAGAAAAGGGGACGCUCUCCAUUUAGAUUUUUCUCUCGUAAAAACAGAGAUCAAAGUGGCGAAAGAUCAAAAUCCAAGGCAAGGACACCUGAACCUGUCGCAAUGGCUGAUAGAAAACCAAUCGGUGCGCAGAGCAACUUGCUUGCCAGAAUGCCAACAGUUCGAAUAUCACAGGGAGAUCUUAGAGGUCAGCCUCCAGCAACUGGUGGUCCCAAAGCGAUGUCUUUAGGAGUUGCAAGUACUGGAGUUGAAUCCAUUGGCAAUGAAGUUUAUGAUGCAGAAUGCCUAAAACUGAUUAAUGAAUAUUUUUAUGGUGUCAGAAUUUAUCCUGGUCAAGAUCCUACUCAUGUAUAUGUUGGUUGGGUAACAACUCAAUACCAUCUACAUAGCAAAGAAUUCAAUCAGAGCAAAGUAAGGCGAGGCUCAGUAAUUAUUGAAGAUGAAUAUGAAAGAAUUAUAGAAAAUAUUGAAAGACAAAGUUGUUACAUGGUUCGUGCAGAUGAACUUUACAAUGAAGUCACUCAAGAUGCUUGGAAAGGAGCUUCACAGGGUAUGUUUGUUGGUUGUUUCGUUGAUACGGCUACUGGCUGCAUCACCUUUACAUGUGAAGGAAAAGAAACUUCACACAAAUGGCAUAUGGAACCAGAAACUAAACUGUUCCCAGCUAUUUUUGUUGAAGCCACUUCCAAAGAUAUGCUGCAAAUUGAAUUGGGCAGAACUGCAACCACGUUGCCACUUUCGGCAGCCGUGUUGCCAACUGGUGACAAGCAUGCUAUUCCACAAUUUCCUCCUAGGUUGAAGGUUCAGUGUUUGAAGCCGCAUCAAUGGGCCAGGGUACCAAAUGUUUCAUUGCAUGUCCAUGCAUUGAAAUUGUCAGAUAUCAGAGGCUGGUCUAUGUUAUGUGAAGAUCCUGUAUCAAUGUUGGCUUUGCAUAUUCCUGAAGAAGAUCGAUGUAUCGAUAUUUUAGAAUUGAUUGAAAAUGAAAGAAUGCUUGGGUUCCAUGCACACACUUUAACUUUAUAUGCGGCGUUAUGUUAUCAAUCAAAUUAUCGUGCUGCACAUGCUCUCUGCAUUCACGUAGACCAAAAACAACUUUUGUAUGCCAUAAAAUCAGAAUAUAUGAGUGGACCACUUCGUCAAGGAUUCUACGACUUAUUGAUAGCCUUACAUUUAGAGUCACAUGCCACAACAAUGGAGGUGUGCAAAAAUGAAUAUAUUAUUCCUUUGGGUCCUGAACUAAGGGAGCUUUAUGAGGACACUGAUAUGAAACAUAGUUUAAGAUCGCUGAAGACCGAAUCUGUGAGACCACAAAUGAAAAUGACUGAUAUUUCAGACAAUAUACCACCAAUUAUGAAUCUGUAUUCGCCCUAUUUUCCAUUGAGUGUGGUUCGUGAAUUUGUGAUGACUGCUCUUGCAGAAGCCGUAGAAAUUAAUCAAGUCCACAACAGAGAUCCAAUUGGAGGCAGCAAUGAAAACCUCUUUCUACCUCUCUUGAAACUUACCGAUAGGUUACUUCUCGUCGGUAUGCUCACAGAUGAAGAUAUUGAGAAAUUGUUGAUAAUGAUUAAUCCUGAAACAUGGGAUCCAAACUUUGAAAAGGAUGGUAAGGAUGAACACCGAAAAGGUCUUCUACAUAUGAAGAUGGCUGAAGGAGCCAAACUUCAGAUGUGCUACCUUCUCCACCACUUGAAUGAUAUUCAACUAAGACAUCGUGUAGAAGCCAUAAUUGCUUUCGGCCACGAUUUUGUUGCCGAUUUGCAAGCUGAUCAACUUCGACGAUAUAUUGAUAUCAAAGCCAGUGACUUGCCCAGUGCGGUAGCUGCUAAGAAAACGAGAGAGUUCAGAUGUCCUCCACGAGAACAAAUGAAUGUUAUUCUUAGUUUUAAAAACCUGGAAGAAGAGGAUAAGGAAAACUGCCCUUGUGGUGAUGACCUAAGAGAAAGAAUGAAUACUUUCCAUGAGCAACUCAUGACACACGUGUCUUUGUCAGCAUUACAAGAACCUGAACCAGAGGAGCCUGCUGUGGAUGAAUCCAGGACUGGUAAAAUCAAGAAGCUAUUUAAUUUUAUCAAUACAGUCAAAGAUCUAGAAUUGGAAGAUCAACAACAGGAGGAAGAACCAGAGAAAAAAUCUCCUGAAGAAAUAUUUAGGAAGGUUCUUAUAUCAACAAUUGUAUCUUGGGCUGAGGAAUCUCUUGAAACUCCAAAACUUGUACGAGAAAUGUUCAGUUUGUUAGUAAGACAGUACGAUUCAGUUGGUGAAUUAAUACGUGCUCUUGCUAAAACUUAUGUGAUAAAUGCCAAAACACGACAAGAUGUUGCAGAAAUGUGGGUCGGUUUGAGUCAAAUUCGUGCUCUUCUGCCAGUGCAAAUGAGUCAGGAGGAAGAAGAACUUAUGAGGACCAGACUCUGGGAAACUUGUAACAAUCACACUUUCUUCCAACAUCCUGAUUUAAUCAGAGUCCUUCGUGUCCAUGAAAACGUCAUGGCUGUGAUGAUGAACACUUUAGGCCGCAGAGCCCAAGCACAAAGUGAUGCACCUGCACAAGGUGCUGAAGGAGGAGAGGUCGCGGUCAAAGAAAAAGAUACGUCUCACGAAAUGGUUGUAGCUUGUUGUCGCUUCUUGUGCUACUUCUGCCAGACUGGUAGACAAAAUCAAAAGGCUAUGUUCGACCAUUUCGAUUUCUUAUUAGAAAAUUCAAAUAUUUUGUUAUCAAGACCAAGUCUUCGCGGCAGCACACCAUUGGAUGUUGCCUAUUCAAGUUUGAUGGAGAACACUGAACUGGCAUUGGCUUUGAGAGAGCAUUAUCUCGAGAAAAUUGCAAUAUAUUUGUCCCGAUGCGGUCUCCAAAGUAACUCAGAGUUGAUCGAAAAAGGUUAUCCAGAUCUGGGUUGGGAUCCAGUUGAGGGAGAACGUUAUUUGGAUUUCUUAAGAUUCUGUGUUUGGGUAAGCUAA